GCGCGUCGUGAAAACGCAGUCGAGCGAAACCAGUCCAGUGACAAGCCACGAGUGUUGCUUCCCUUCGUCCAGCUGCUCGACGCACACCUCGGCCCUUAAGCCCGCCCACGCAUCCGCUCACAACAAGCACAUAUCCACGAUGUGGAGGUUCGUUGUCGGGCUUCUCGUAGCCGGGGCUCUUACCGACGCUCAGUUCCGGUGCCCCGAGCCCAAGGGCUACUACCCAGAUCCGGAGCAAUGUGACCUCUACUACGCCUGCGUCGACGGCCAGCCAGAGGAGCGGCUUUGCAAGGAUGGCCUCGUGUUCAGGGACGACAACCCGAAGAAAGAGCUCUGCGACGUCCCCGCUAACGUCCAGUGCGGCGAUAGAACGGCCCUGCAGGAACCCCAUCCUUCCAAAGACUGCCCACGAGCUAACGGUUACUUUAAGCACGAAGAUCCUCUAUUCUGCGAUAAAUUUGUCAAUUGCAUUGAUGGCAUUCCGCAGGUAAUGCCUUGCCCGCCUGGGCUUGUCUACGAGGAGAAAAUGUCUAGCUGCGUAUGGGCAGUGGAUGCUACACGACUCUGUCAGGACGCGAAACGCGAAACCCUCGAUGACGGCUUCAUUUGUCCAGCGGGUGACGUCAUCGGCCCUCAAGGAAGAAUCUUACCUCAUCCGACCUAUCCCCAUCCCGACGAUUGUGCCAAGUUCUACAUAUGUCGGAAUGGAAUGGUUCCGCAAAAGGGUCAAUGCGAGGAAGGUCUCGUUUACAAUGAGGACAUUUUCAGGUGCACCGAACCUGAAUCAGUCCAAGGAUGGUAA